AUGAGUCUGCCUGCAAUCGCACCGGAGUUUAUUCCCCAGAGCCUGGAAUCGAGUCCGUUUCAAGGUGAAAACGGGCCGCACCGGCGGCUCCUCAAAUCGAUCCUCCAACUCUUAUUAUUCAUUUGUAUCAUUCGAGAUUCCUGUUUGGAAUACGGUGUUAUCAUUUGUCAGAGCGUACUUGCGCCGUACAUCAAGAAUGAAACACCGCAAGCAACCUUUAAAGUUGGUAAAACGUACGGCUUCUGA